AGAAAUCGAAACUGCAGUGCACAAGUACUUAUUUCUUAUUCGAGUUAUGUGAUAUUAGUGGUCAGUGGUGCACAACACCAUUUUUCGUUAUGUCUAGAUCUCGAUUCUGCAAUUACUUGUAUUGCCCUCUCUUAUAAUGUAUUGCCUAAACUUGGUUUAAAUUCAUACAUUCCUGAGAUUACGUGUUUAACGUGUGUACAACCCAUCCAUUUAUCAUAAGUCAGGGAAUUUGCUCUUUAUCAGAGAGAUACAAGUAAAUUCCUUAAGUUAAGAGGAGAAGAUUACUCAUUCGACUUGAAUGAAAUUUUGAUAAUCGAACGCACACACAAUAUUAUACAAAUGGGUAACAAUUCAAGCUUGCUUCUUCGCGAGGAAGAAAUAGCACAAAUUCAAGAAGCUACUGGCUUUACUCACAAUCAAAUUGAGAGGCUCUAUAGUCGGUUUACAAGCUUAGAUCGCGGAGACUGUGGCACCCUUAGUAGAGAAGACUUUUUGAGAAUUCCAGAGUUGGCUAUAAACCCUUUGGGUGAAAGGAUCGUUAAUGCAUUUUUUGAAGAGAGCAGUACUGACAGAGUUAAUUUUCUCCAGUUCAUGCAAGUUCUAGCGCACUUUAGGCCUAUAAACAAGAACCGUCAGAACAUACUCAAUUCAAGAGAAGAAAAAUUGCGAUUUGCUUUUAAAAUUUAUGACUUAGAUAACGAUGAUUUAAUAUCCAAAGAUGAACUUCUAGCCAUAUUACACAUGAUGGUUGGUGCUAACAUCAGUGAAGAACAACUUACAAGUAUUGCGGAACGAACCCUUUCUGAGGCUGAUGAAGAUGGAGACAACAUGAUCAAUUUUGAAGAAUUUUGCAAAGCUUUAGAAAGAACUGAUGUAGAACAAAAAAUGUCAAUAAGAUUCCUUAGUUAAAUUUUAUCUAGUUAUUUCAAUUUUUAAAGCUUAAUAUAUUUUUAUUAAUUACUGCGGGUGGAUAAUUUUAAUUUUUUAACGCUUUUAUCGUAAUAGUAAAUGUUGGUUUUCGUCAGUGAUCUUAAAGUAUUUCAAACUGCUCACAAGCUUCUCUACAAAGCACGUGUCACGUGUGAGCUUGAUUGUCUAUUACCAGUAACUGUAUACGUAUGUAUAUUGUGAUCGUUACCAAGGAUAGUCAACGCGCAAAUACGGUAUAUAUUUAAUAUUUGUUGUGCAUAUUCUUUGGUAGCAUACGUUCCUUUGGAUAAACAAAUAUUAGACUAAAUGUAGAUAAAAUACUCGACUACUCAAAAUGGUUGUAGUUUAAAACUAUUUAAAAUAAAAGAAAAUUACUCACUAUGAAAUAUUAAGUCUUUUUUAUUUUACGUAUAACUU